CCAUAUCUCAGCCCUUUCCCCCUAACCCCGCUCUGACAAGGCAGACUUUCCAGCAGGCAGUUUUGUAGCCAGGCGCAAUUGCUGGGUCCUCAAACAGCUGCUUUCCGAUUGGAUGUCUGCGGAUCCGCUUGACAACCGCAAAGGCACAGAGAGAGACAGAGAAGAAGCGGCGCGGCCCUAGGAGCGACAUUCUGUGCCGGUGGAAGGGAGAGGAAAGCCGCUUUCACAGUGGAAGCCAUCGGGUGCUGCCCGACAACACAAACGGAGAACACGGAGCGGGUGGAGCCUGACGGGGCUCUGGAGCGCCGGACUAACGGGGAAGGGAGCCAGACCACUGCAAUGACAGCUGAGGAAACGAUUAAUGUGAAAGAAGUGGAGAUUACGAAGUUAAUUUUAGACUUCUUGAAUGCCAAAAAGCUGCACAUCAGCAUGCUUGCUCUUGAAAAAGAGAGCGGGGUGAUAAAUGGACUGUAUUCUGAUGACAUGCUAUUUCUCAGGCAACUGAUUUUAGAUGGACAGUGGGAUGAAGUCCUUCAAUUUAUCCAGCCUCUGGAGUGUAUGGAGAAGUUUGAUAAAAAAAGGUUUCGCUAUAUUAUCUUGAAACAGAAAUUUUUGGAGGCACUUUGUGUGAACAAUGCAAUGUCAGCAGAGGAGGAUCCACAUCAUCUUGAAUUUACAAUGCAGGAAGCUGUUAAGUGCCUGCACACACUGGAAGAAUAUUGUUCCUCCAAGGAGGAUUACAGCAAGUUGUGUCUUCUUCUCACCCUCCCACGGCUCACUAAUCAUGCAGAGUUCAAAGACUGGAACCCCAGCACAGCUCGUGUAAACUGUUUUGAGGAGGCAUGUGCAAUGGUGGCAGAAUUUAUUCCUGCUGAUCGCAAGCUUAGUGAAGCUGGAUUUAAAGCUAGUAAUAAUAGACUGUUCCAGCUUAUUGCGAAAGGACUUUUGUAUGAGUGCUGUGUGGAGUUCUGCCAAAGCAAGGCAACUGGGGAAGAAAUCACUGAAAGUGAAGUACUGUUAGGGAUUGAUCUUUUAUGUGGCAAUGGCUGUGAUGAUCUAGACCUGAGUCUCCUCUCAUGGCUCCAGAAUUUGCCCCCUGGUGUUUUCUCCUGUGCUUUUGAGCAGAAGAUACUCAACAUCCAUGUAGAUAAGUUAAUGAAGCCUAGUAAAGCUGCUUAUGCAGAUCUUCUCACUCCUCUCAUCAGCAAGCUGUCUCCAUAUCCUUCAUCACCCAUAAGGCGCCCCCAGUCAGCCGAUGCUUACAUGUCUCGCUCUUUAAACCCAGCUCUGGAUGGCUUGACUUGUGGACUGAGUGGCCAUGACAAGAGAUCAGUAGAACCAGGAAGCAAGACGUCCCCCAUGUCCCACUCCUUUGCAAAUUUUCACUAUCCUGGUGUGCAGAACCUCAGCCGCAGCCUCAUGCUAGAGAGCACUGAUUGUCACAGUAUCUAUGAAGAGUCAUCAGAAAGGAGCGAAACACCUCAAGAAAAGGAAACCCCAAACAGCAGUGAAACCAUUUGUCAAAACGUCCCUCCAGAAGAUAACCAACAGAAUGCUGGGGAAGAUGAAGAGGAAAGCAAACCAGAGAAACCAGAGAGAAAUGAGCUUCGAGAAUCCACUGAGCAGUUUGAGGAAUACUACCGUCAGAAAUUACGUUACCAGCAGCACCUGGAACAGAAGGAACAGCAGAGGCAGCUUUACCAACAGAUGCUUGUUGAGGGAGGGGUAAACCAGGCUGAAGAAGCAGAGCAUCCACAGAAUCUUACUGAGCAGUUUCUUAACAGGUCCAUCAAAAAGUUGGGAGAACUGAACGUGGGGAUGGAACCCCUUGAGGAAGGCAUUCAGCCUAAAAACAAACUACAUAAUGGCCCCAGGGAAAGCAGCAUUAUGGCCCCUAAUGGUCACUCCCCACUGGGUACAGCUGUGCUACAGAGGGGCAAUCAACAGCCUGAUGGCCAGAGCAUCAAUACCAGCACGCCUCGCAAACGGGGAGCCACCAGCUACAUUCCUUUUCCAGAGGAGUCUCCGGUGUUUGGAAGUGCAAAUAGUGCAAGAGAACAGGUGCAAUUGGAAGAUUCUUCGGGCACUGGAGCCAGAAAAUGCUCAGAGACUGACAAGAAGCAGCAGUUUGUCUGCCUAACCUCCCUGGAGGACACCCAGGCUGUUCGUGCUGUAGCCUUCCAUCCUAGCGGUUCUCUGUAUGCUGUGGGGUCCAACUCCAAAACACUGAGAGUCUGCGCAUACCCUGAUGUGAUUGACACAAGUAAUUCAAACUGUCCCACGCAACCCCCUGUUCGCUUUAAGAGGAACAAGCACCACAAAGGCUCCAUUUACUGUGUGGCUUGGAGCCCUUGUGGGCAGCUGUUGGCUACUGGCUCCAAUGAUAAAUAUGUCAAAGUGUUGCCUUUCAGUGCUGAGACCUGCAAUGCAACAGGUCCAGACCUGGAGUUCAGCAUGCAUGAUGGUACUAUAAGGGAUUUGGCUUUUAUGGAAGGACCAGAGAGUGGUGGGGCAAUAUUAAUCAGUGCAGGUGCUGGAGACUGUAACAUCUACACUACAGAUUGCCAGCGUGGUCAAGGCCUUCAUGCCCUCAGUGGGCAUACAGGGCAUAUUCUGGCACUCUACACAUGGAGCGGGUGGAUGAUUGCUUCUGGAUCCCAGGACAAGACAGUGCGGUUUUGGGACCUACGAGUGCCCAGCUGUGUGCGAGUUAUUGGAACAACUUUCCAUGGCACUGGCAGUGCAGUGGCCUCAGUUGCAGUUGAUCCUAGUGGGAGACUCCUUGCCACUGGGCAGGAGGAUUCUAGCUGCAUGCUGUAUGAUAUCCGAGGAGGCCGCAUGGUGCAGAGCUAUCACCCACACUCCAGUGAUGUUCGCUCUGUUCGCUUCUCACCUGGAGCUCAUUACCUUCUCACUGGUUCCUAUGACAUGAAGGUCAAAGUAACAGACUUACAAGGUGACCUUACAAAGCCACUUCCCAUCAUUGAAGUAGGUGAGCACAAGGACAAGGUGAUCCAGUGCCGAUGGCAUACACAAGACCUCUCCUUCCUCUCUUCUUCUGCUGACAGGACUGUAUCACUAUGGACUUACAAUGUGUAGAUCAGGACUUCGCCCAACCCAAGCUGGCACUCUGAAAGAAGCUAAACUGGCAUUUUACAUCCAGCUGUCAAAGGUCACAACGCUGCAGAUGAACCCUCAGCUACCAGGAAGGCCUGCAACUCAGCACCUGCAGCCUCCAAACCCUCAAAGGAAUUAUAGAGUGCAAUGUGAGGAAGCCAAAGAAAGUGAAUUAUGGGUGUGCUCUCAUACAUUGUGUCACAGAGGAUGCAGGUGAUUGAGACUCCUUUCUGGCUUGUUUCCAUAUUCACCAGGCAGUGCCAUACAGAAGUAUGAGACAGACAAAGUCUGAGCUGUUCCAGAAAGAAACAGAAUGCACUGGAAUGGAAUUUAUAUGUGCUGCCCCAUCAUACAUUGCACCUCAAAUAAGUCAUUAUUGGCUCAUUAUGUAGCAUUUUAUAGAACUGUUUCUAUUUUUUUUCUUUUAUGCCAUUGGUUUCAUUAUUUUGAACAAGAGCUGUCCUAUGUUUGCUCCAAAAAUAGUAAAAAAAGACCCUUUGGCAUUAUACCAGCAAGUGUUAAAAAUGGGAAACUGAAGCCCUAAACCAGGAAAGAGGGCAAUCUCUGUGGCACCAGAAUGUCAUCCUGCUGACAGCAGGCCCCGUGAGUUGUACUUCACACACACACACACAAUUUAAUUCAAUCCUUAAGACAAUUAUAUACUUCGAUUCGUUACAGAAUAUUGGUUCUAUCAUUUCACAUAAGGAAUACCUUAGUUCUGAACAACCCUUGGCAGUGGUGUUACUGAGGUGAGCCACAGGUUUAUAAUUUGUCAUUCAAUGAUAGUAAUAGCAGUGACAGAACAGGAAAGCAGACUCAUACUUUUUAUUUCACUUCUCCAAUAAUAACUGCGUGUAAUCUCUGCUGAAUUACUACUUGUCAGUGGCAACUUUAUUUUGGGUUUGUGUCCAUUUGGGCCGGCACUUGCAGUUUGGUGUUUUACAUAUACUUUACUUCUGCUCUGUUUACAAGGUGCAUUUUAAUGGUUAAACUGAGUGUUUUAUAUUUGAGAUCCCACCCCAAUAUCUGCCUACCUCUGUAUAAUGUUUGGUAUAGGUAAUCUACAGCUGCAUUAUUCAUAGCAUCAUGGCUCAUUAGCAAGUUGUAUAGAUUCAUUAAAAGUAGAAAAAAAACAGACCGGUAUAGCUGGAAUGGGGAUUUAAAGGGAAAAUUCAAAUGAAGUUGGCUAUUUUUGUCAUUGUUGUGCUGUUGUUGUACACAAACACACUUUAGCCCUUCAGUUUAGUGACACUUUGCAUGAUUAUUGAAGUGCAGCCACAUUUACAGAGCUGUAUGUGUGAUUUUAUGAUGGGUAUGUGCUGCUAGAAUUAUUCAGUGUUUUUUUUUUGUUCUGUUUCAUGAAGUACAUUUUGUCUAUAAAUAUAUGCAAAAAUAUGUGGCGCCUGUCCUGUGCUAGCAGAAGGGCCAUUGGCACAUUGCAGCUGACAAUGAAGGAAAAUCCAUUUCAGCAUGAUGCUUUCCUUGGUGCAUGAGGCAUUUCAUUUCCCCGGCUCUCACUACAAAACGAAAUGCAGAUUUUUUUUUUGUUCUUGCACUUUCCUUAAGUUUUAUAUUGCUCUUUUCUGCCUUAGAGUCUUUACGGCAAUGAAAGAUGUAUAUUCGCUACCCUGUAAAUUCUAAUCUUUCUAGGCCAUUUAUGUUCAUACUGUAUAUUUUUAUUUUUGUUAAAUUAUAAACCUUUUAGGUCAUUUUAUUUAUUUCAUAUAAUGUCAUAUUAUCCAUGUCUGUUCUUUUAAUAUUCUAAAUGCAUUGUGCACUGUAUGCAGAGUUUUACCUGUUGUGUAAAGUGACACUGUUAUAAUGGAAGUGUAUACGUGCAAAUAUAUGAAUAAAGUCAUCCACGUAUCUGUGUUUAGCCUAAAUGUCCAAUAUGACCACAAACAUGAUGUCAAGUGUUUAUAGGACAUGUGUGAAUAACUGUGUGCUAUUGAAGCAAAACACCAAUAAAUAUAGAAUUAGGGCUUUUU